UUUAGUGGCAUAUGGAAAUCCCAUGUAGAUGCUGUGUGUUAUCUUUGUCUGUGCCACAUAUCAUAGUGCGUCAGACCCAGAAAGGCACCACUUGAAAGACCUCUUCAGCUGGAGCCAACGCUUUAAACAGUUUUUAGUGUGUAUCUUCUAAUUGCAGCAUUGAAUACCAGCACUUGGAAUCUUCACUCAUAAGAUGGCUUCACGAAGUGAGGGGAUUAUGCCAGUGACUGAGAGUGAUGUUAACCAAAACCUUCCAUUGCAUGAAGAUUCCAGUCCAGAAGCAGUGCAGAUUUCCAACCUUGAUGAUAAUGGUGAAAGUAACAUUCUCAUGCAGUUACUGGUGCACUUCAAAGAAGGUAAAAAUGUAUACUCUUAUUUUCAUUCCACCAGCCAAAGAAAACAAGUACCACUUGAAAACAUGGUCCCAGAUGACAGUGAUACUCGCUGGAUGGGCUGUGGACAACCCAUGAAAGAUAUACGUCCACAGGCUGCCAUGUCAGUGGGGAGAGAUGCUGACUUCUACAAGAUGGAUCACAAGAAGAGAGGACAAGCCAUUAUCUUUGUGCAUGACCAAUUUGAUGAUAUUAAUCUACAACCACGGACAUGUGCUAAACAUGACACUGCUAUCACCAGGCAUGCCUUUGAACACCUUAGCUUUGAGGUGAAGGAGCACUGGAAUCUGAAAAAAAGAGACUUCUUGGCAACACUUCACCAAGUGAGCAGUGAAAACCAUCACAACAGUGACUGCCUGGUGGUGGUAUUCAUGAGUCAUGGUAACGUCAAUAACAACAAGGAGUUUCUGUGCACCCAAGACUUCAAGGUUGAUACAGAAGAGUUGUGGAAGAACUUCACAGCAGAUAAGUGCCCAAGUCUUGCAGGGAAGCCCAAAUUAUUCUUUAUACAAGCAUGCAGGGGUGACAACAUUGACAAGGGUGUGAAGAUGAAGCAUACUAAAGCCCUCAAUGUCCAGGUAGACUGUAUGCAUCGUAAAGAAGAUUACGUCAUCCCAUUGCAUGCUGACAUGCUCAUGAUGUGGGCCUCCUAUCCUGGUAUGUUUGCUUUCAAAUCAUACCAGAAUGACAUAAAUGGAAGUGUUUUCAUCCACUUCCUUAGUAAGGUGUUGAUACAGGAUGGCAGGACGUGUGACCUCUUCACUUUACUGCUGCGGGUGACGCGGGAAGUGGCAACACGGUAUGAAUCAUACACCCCACAGAGUAAUCUCCUUCAUCAGAACAAACAGACUCCCUACAUGGUCUCCACUCUGAUGCGCAAAUUGGUUUUUCCUGUCUGGAAAUCCUAAACCAAAUGACUUAAAAGAUGUAGGCAGAUUCUAAUACAUAUCCUUGUGAAGACAGUAACAUCCAGUCAUUGAUAUACAGCACAGACAGACCUGGGAGGUUAAGAGAGACUUCUAUGGCUCCCAGUGGAAUUUUUUAAAUGCUCUUUUCUUUUGUCAUAAUGACAUCAUGUAUGAUAGUGGUUAUUGUGGUGUUCAGAAUUUUAUUCUUAACCCCCUUUGUUACCAGAUUUUACAAAUGUUGUAUGUGUAUACACGAAUUCAUUUAGGCUGCAGAAUCAGUGUUGUACAUGCAUACAACAUAACUAUAACAGGAGUGUAUGGAGCCUUUUGAAAGUCAGUGGAGCACCUAUGAGGACAACUAAGCAGGGGCAUCAUGCCACCUUGUAUGACUGUAAUACUUUCAUUUUGUAUGGGCAUUAUAUGUUGUUUAUAAUUUUAUAUGCAUACUCAUCUAAUCAUGCUAGAUAUAUUAUAUAGAAAAUUAUCACAGCUGGCACCUCGACUAUCUCUCUCUCUCUCUCUCUCUCUCUCUCUCUCUCUCUCUCUCUCUCUCUCUCUCUCUCUCUCUCUCUCUCUCUCUCUCUCUCUCUCUCUCUCUCUCA